AUGGCCACUGCAGCAGGCUACUUCGACCGCAAACCCCCUUCCGCCACCCGCCCUCGUCUCUCCCACCUCCAACCCGAUCCAUCUUCCCCGCACACCCCGCAACGAACCCUCUCCUCAGCCUUCAAUUCCCCGUCGCUCAGCUACCGCACACCUGAAGAAGAAACGAUCAUUUUCGAGUUCGGCAACCGCCAUUUCAGCGCUGGUUUUCCGGGCGAGAGCGCACCGAGAUGCAGACUGGGAUUUGGACCGGAGCAAAGUAGGAGGGUGGGGGAUUAUAAAAGAUGGAUGCCAGGUUUUGGUGAGCGGAAGAGGAAAAGGCGGAGGGUUGACGUUUGGGAUAACGACCAUGAGCUGUGGCGCAUGGAUGUGAGGGGAUUGGAUAUGGGGCUCGUGGGUGAUAAAAUAGAAAGAGCGGUCAGGGAGGCCGUCACCAAGCAUCUACUUAUAGAUAUGAAAGGGAAACGGCUGGUUGUUGUUCUGCCGAGUCUGAUGCCUCAUCCUUUGCUAAACACGGUGUUGGGGACAUUAUUCGCCACGUUCCAGAGUCCGCGUAUUACGUUGCUGAGUUCUCCGAUCCUUAAUACGGUCAUGGCUGGGUUGAGGUCGGGGCUUGUGAUUGAUAUCGGAUGGAGGGAGACGGUUGUGACCGGGAUAUAUGAGUAUCGAGAGGUUCAUGAGAAAAGAACUACGAGGGCUAUGAGGAUGGUUACGUUGGAGAUGGCUAUGCUACUUGAGAGGGAGCAGGACAAGAAUGCAAGAAAGCCGGCAGAUGCUUCGAAGGAGGAAGCAGACGAUGGAAUGGUGACUGUGGAUUUAGAGCAGGCGGAGGAGGUGACUACGAGGAUGGCUUGGUGCAGGAGCCGCUCGGGGCCCGUUCCGGCAUCAUCAACCUCUCAAGAUCUGCCCGCUCAAUUUGGUAAUAUCUCCAUUGCCGAAGACGAGCCCAAAGAUUCAACUAGCUCCAGCGAUCUCAAAGGAAAUACCCCAAUCUCCAUUCCCUUACCCUCCUCCCCACGCCUCAACAUCCAACUCCCGUUCUCAGCCUUAGCCUUGCCAGUCGAGACAGCUCUCCUAGGCAAUUCACUACAACGCCACCAACUCGACGACCACGAACAACCCCUCCACAAGCUCAUUUACCAAACCUUACUCUCUCUACCACCCGACGUCCGUGCAGUCUGUAUGUCCCGCAUCAUCUUCACUGGCGGUGGCUCAAACAUACUUGGCCUCAAGGCAAGACUACUCGACGAAGUUGCUGCAAUUGUUGAGACGAGGGGUUGGGACCCGGUGGAGGGGAAAGCGGCGGAGGAGAGGAGAAGAAGGUUAAGAGAGGUUAGUGGUAAUCGACAAGCAACGAAGGUCAAGGAGGUCGAGACGAAAACUACAAAUAUUUCAAUGGAUCAGAAAGCGUUAGAGGGGAACAUAUCAAGUCCAGCAUCGCUGGCACCGCAACUCCAGGAUUCGAUCGAAGAGAAGAUCCAGCGCGAAAAGGACAAGGGAAGGAAACCCACCGUUUCUGGUGUCAUUCGAGGAGUCGAGACGCUGGGCGCUUGGGCUGGGGCGAGCUUAUUGGUUAAUCUACGGAUCAAGGGCGUUGUGGAGAUCGAGCGGGACGCUUUCCUGCAACAUGGAUUGGCCGGGGCUCGAAAGGAUGCGGAAGCAAGUGCUGCACCGCAGAAAGCAGUGCCAAGGCCCAACAUAGGAUGGCAGACCGGAUGGACACUUGGUCCUUGGGCAUAG